AUGCAAUAACAAAAGCAAAAUUCUCUUACUAAAGAUUAAAGCUAAUCACUUUCCAAAUUAUUAGAGAUAUUAUAGAUUCAGAAAUAAAAGCUAGCAUAAUAACCAUUGCAGGUACCAGCUAAGAAUCAUGAGCAAAUCAUCUAAGAUUUUAUCAAAGAGUAAUUGAUUGACUUGAGUAUCAAGGAGAAAAUUGGAAUAAGUACCAGGCUUAUAUAAGGUUACCUUGAGUGCUGUGAUUAUUUUGAGGUGCUAAAUUUGAUAAAGCCAUUGGAUGAAUAUUGGAAGCAAAAGUACAAGAAUACUUUGAUUUUGGCAAGAGAUUCUUAAAAAGAAUUAGAGAGAAUGAGGGAAAUUUACAAGCCAAAGUCCAAUCAAGAUUAGUAGAAGAGCCACUACCCUAGUCUUUACCCAGAAAUAUCUGACUAUAAAAAUACUCCAUUUAAUCAAGUGUAAAGUCCACAUAAAACAAAUAUACCUUUUAAGCUUGGCUAAUAGUAAAUUUUAAAUCCUGAAUCUCAAACAUAAACCAAUAUUCUAGAUUAAAAAAUACCUACCCCUGAAAUAAAUAGCAACGAUCUGACACCUUUGGUGAUAGACACAGAAAAUUAAGAAAAUAGGGAAAGUGAGUAAUUACCAUUAAAAAAGAGGAGAUCCUUUGAUAUGUCUAAGGACAUGAGAUACUAUAAAAGUAUUGAUGAAGCCAAGAAAAGAGCUUUCUUUUGA